AUAUGCUACUGGGAAUAUGAAGGGUGUUUUUAAUCUUUUCAAAAAUUAAACGUUUGUUUUGCUUUGAAAAUAUAGGAACUUUUUAUUAUUUUAAAUUAGUGAUUUUUAAAAAGAAACAUCCCCCGUUUGUUGUUGUUCCUGUCAUUCGAAGAAAUGGAAGGUGUGGGUGUCGAAUACGCUGAGAGAAAAAGGCCGUUCAGUAAACAGUGUCUGUCGUUACACCGGCCAGGCAGAGAGACAACAUGGCGGCGGGUGGCGGCCUCCCUGGGCUCCUGCCUGUCCAGACCCAGCUGGAGUAUGCCCUGCUGGACGCCCUCACCCCUCAAGAGAAGGACAACCUGGUCUACCAGUACCUGAGGAAGGUGGACAGCUGGGAGCAGGACCUCAGGGUCCCCGACUUUGGAGGAGAUUUAGAGUGGCUGAACACUGACGGUCCCAUUUCUCUGUACAAAGACCUUUGUGGAAAAGUGGUGGUUUUGGAUUUCUUCACUUACUGCUGCCUCAACUGCAUACACCUGCUGCCUGACCUCCAUGCCUUAGAGCACAAGUACUGUGAUAAAGAUGGUCUUCUUGUUGUUGGUGUCCAUUCAGCGAAGUUCCCAAACGAAAAGGUUCUCAAUAACAUUAAAAGUGCUGUUCUUAGAUAUAACAUUACCCACCCUGUGGUAAAUGAUGCUGAUGCAGCACUUUGGCAUGAGCUGGAAGUGUCUUGCUGGCCAACUCUGGUCAUUCUUGGGCCUCGUGGAAAUAUGCUGUUUUCUCUUGUUGGAGAGGGACACAAAGAUAAAUUAUUUUUAUUUACUUCUAUUGCUUUGAAGUUCUACAAAGAGAAAGGACAAAUCACAGAUAACAAAAUUGGAAUAAAAUUGUACAGAGACUCUCUGCCUUCUUCUCCCUUGCUGUUUCCUGGCAAAGUGACUGUAGACAAUUCAGGAAAUAGACUCGUGAUAGCAGAUACCGGACAUCACAGGAUUUUGGUUGUCAGGAAAAAUGGGCAAAUCCUACACACCAUUGGAGGACCAAACAGUGGGAGAAAAGAUGGAAGAUUUUCAGAGGCAGCAUUCAAUUCACCGCAGGGGGUGGCUAUAAAGAAUAACAUUAUUUUUGUAGCUGAUACAGAAAAUCAUCUGAUUAGAAAGAUUGACCUUGAAUUAGAGAUGGUGAACACUGUAGCAGGCAUUGGAAUACAAGGCACGGACAAGGAGGGUGGAGCAAAAGGAGAGGAGCAGCCCAUCAGCUCACCAUGGGAUGUGAUCUUUGGAAGUUCAGUUUCAGGGACUCAUGAAGAUGAUGUUCUAUGGAUAGCCAUGGCAGGUACUCACCAAGUCUGGGCUCUCAUGUUGGAAUGCGGAAAACUCCCAAAAGGAAGUGAUUUAAAGAAAGGAACCUGCCUUCGAUUUGCUGGGAGUGGGAAUGAAGAGAACCGAAACAAUGCAUACCCCCAUAAGGCAGCCUUUGCCCAGCCUUCAGGUCUUUCUCUGGCUUCUGAAGAACCCUGGAACUGUAUUUUUGUAGCAGAUAGUGAGAGCAGCACUGUGCGAACAAUCUCACUGAAAGAUGGAGCAGUGAAACAUCUUGUAGGAGGAGAGAGAGAUCCAUUGAAUUUGUUUGCCUUUGGUGAUGUUGAUGAAGCAGGAAUAAAUGCAAAGCUGCAGCACCCCCUUGGAGUAACUUGGGACAAGAAAAGGAAACUGCUUUAUGUAGCAGAUUCCUAUAAUCAUAAGAUUAAGUUUGUAGAUCCCAAAAUGAAGAAUUGUGCUACGCUGGCAGGUACAGGAGAAGCAAGUAAUGUUGUUGGUUCCAGCCUUACGCAGUCGACUUUCAAUGAACCAGGAGGAUUAUGUGUUGAAGAGAAUGGCCGUCUGCUCUAUAUUGCUGACACAAAUAAUCAUCAAAUUAAAGUGCUGGACUUAGAAACAAAAAUUGUUUCUAUGCUGCCUAUCAUGAACACUGAAAUGUUUGAUGUUGUAGAUCAUCCAUUUGUCCAAAACAAUAAGACGGCAAACAUCCCCAAACUGCCUAAAUCUGCACCAAACAUCCAGCUUCCUUCAUUGACUGUAACCCCUGGACAGACCCUUCAGUUUUUAUUAAGGUUAAGCCUUCCUGCAAAUAUGAAGCUGACUGAAGAAGCACCCAGUUCCUGGUUUCUCACAGCAGAAGGUAAUGAGUGGCUGCUUCAGGGACAGAAUCCAUCUGGAGAAAUUGAGGAUAUUUCCCUUCAACCUCUCAUCACCUUGCAGUUGCCCAGUAGCUUCCUGUCGUCUGAAGCUGUACUGUCUAUCAAAGUGUGUCUCUAUUACUGUAGCAAAGACAGCAGUGCCUGUAUGAUGAAAGGAAUCUCAUUCAGUCAGCCUUUACAGGUAGCUAAUACAAACCAAGGUAACACAGGUCAAGUAGAGUUGACAUAUGCAUUUUAACUAAACCAGAAAUCCAACAGAUUCACACUAGUUUUACUUUCUAACGUUUUUACAGGCGAAAAAAUAUUAGUAGAUCCUCCCUAACCUCCCCCCCCCCCCCCCCCCCCCGUUCUUCCGAUAGCAUAUGAAGAGUUCUAAAGCAUAAUAUGCUUUGUAAGAUGAAGCAGAAAUGCCUUGUGCUGAAUCAUGAAAAAUUGUAAUGAAAUCUUGGUCCCUUCAUUUCUUUUUGUUGUUGUGUGAGCAAUAACAUCCUUAAACUUUGUCUGUUGACUAUUGUGAAUAGAUUGGGCCUAGGCAAUUUUAAGCAGUGAGCAACAAUUUUAAGAGUCCAUUUUUAAAGGACCAAUAUUACAUUGUGAUAUUACUGAUAUUCUUUUGCACUGCAUACUGUAGCAACGUUGGUAGCAACAUCAAAAUCAUUUGGGGAAGAACAACUGCAACUUUCCUUUUUUUUUUUUUUUUAUGCCCUCUGUUUUUAAUAGAAUGUUUAAAAACUUGAUUUUUGUUUCUGCAGGUCAUAAAAGAAUUAUUUUUCUUAUUUUACAGUGAAAGCAUUUAAAACACAUUUAAUGUAUUUUGAAAACACAGGGCUGUUUAUUUUUGUGAAAGUCAAGUCUGUUUCUUAAAACUAGAUAUUUAUGCCUUAUUUGAAGAGCACAAUUGUAUGGAAAAACUUUUGGGAAAUGAACUGUUUUAGGUCAUAUAGAAAUGUUACAUAACGAUGUCAAACCACGAAUGUGCCUAUAUAAAAUUGGCAUGCUGGAGUUUUUCUAAUUAGUAUUUCCAUUUGUAUUUUAGAGAGUAGAGUGUAAGUAAUAUUUGUGACUCUAACUUGCAGCAAUUAAAUGUCAACUGUUUCUAUCAAA